AUUUCGCAUUCUAGUCCGGUGCAUUGGCGCUCUAUUUUGUCAGUUUGACAUUCAAAGACACUGGUGGGGUAGAGCCUGUUUUUUAUAUUUUUUAACUGUCUUUUUUCUUUAAUAAGCAAUUUGUACCAAUAUUUAAUUCAAAUUCAGAUCUUUUUUUACAAAUAUUGAUUGUGUCAUUAAUAUUAGAAGAAGAGAAAACCUACUUGGAGUUUCAAACCUGUCAACAUUUGGCACAACACCAGACCACACAAAGAGGACAUGGGUUUCUUCACUGAGUGUUUUGUUCCAGAUCCUGUGACAUGUGUAGUGACAUGCUGGGGUCAAACUGUGCCUUGAUGUUCUGUGUGGACCUGUGAAUCAAAAUCUGGCAGACGAAAAAGGCAAAUUACUGCGCAUAAUAAUUCAAUUGCUAUAGACUAGAUUUUAAAUCUGUCUAAACAAUUUAUUAUUAUUAAUAUCAAAUCAACAUAUAGUACACUGUAUAUGCAUGGGUGUAUUGUGUGCACAAGUGUUAUUUUGAUAUAGCCUUGUUUUUCUCUACUCUCUGAAAACAUGUUGGGCUAUCUCCCUUCUAUUGCUGGACAUUUUCAGGGCAAUAAAGCUAUAUUAUGUUUGUAUACAGCAACCAAAUAGACUUAUAACUUUCAAUGCCAUGAUAAUUGUAUGCUCAAAUAUUGAUCACAGUGCAGUAUGGGUCAAUGUUACACAUGAAUAACACACUGAAGGUGCAGACUGUGGAGACAUCUGCAAUAUAAAUGCAGGGGUAGAAGAAGGUGGCCAUUUGGCUUCAUUUCCCAAAUGAAAAUCUUUCUCAUGCAGAACAGCCAUGCAGAAUCAGAUAUUGGAAUGGGAAGGUCUGGAUCCUCGCUUGUGACUCCAUCUUCAACACCCGACUGGUUUGAAUUUGUGCAGAUUAACAGACGCGCGGGUGCUUCCCUUUUCCUUUAAAAACAAUAACAGUAAUAACGAUCAACAAAUACCUCCAAAAUCAGUCUUAUCGUGUGGCAAUUUCUGUAGAGCAGCCAGGCAUUCCAUUCUUCAGCUUCAAUCACGAUUUCUAAAGCUUUUUUCCAAAGACAUGGUAUAUGUGGUAGGCUUUUGGCUUCAUUUAGGAAAUGUAACCUUUUGAAAGAAAACAAUCCACUGCUUUGAUGGCCUUUUCUACCAUUGACACGCAUGGAGACGUCUUCAGAAUCAGAUGGCAUUCAGACUGUGAUUCCUACAUCAGGCAGCUUGCUUCACUCAUGCCACGAGCCUUGACUGUAGAUGGUAAAAGUAUAAUUUUACAAAUAGAAAAGAAAGAAAUGAAGAAAGAAAUCGGUACAUGCCAUUUAUUUAGACAUGUUUUGGUGUGUAAAAGAUAUGUUACCUGUUAAGAUAUGUAAAUGUGGACCUCAGAAGAGAACAAACUGGCAAGUGAUGAAUAACCUUUGUCAUUUAAAUGGUUAUACAGAUAAAAGAGUACAUUCUUAUCAAAGAUAAGGUCAAAUAUGUACAUGUCAGAAAGGUUUAGAAAAACACACAAAUCAAACUUUUUAAAAAUAUUUUUAGGACAGGUGAUACUUCCACAAUAAUAUUUGAUACUAAAAACAUACAAUUUAUCCUGAAAUAAAUAAAUAUGCAUACUUUAAGGAAUGAUGUCAUGUGAAUACGUUUAAACACAAUUUCCAGGUCUAAGCACAUUUGUGCCAGACUUUCUUACGUUCAAUAUGCGUAGUCACCUCAUUCGUGUAGAAUUUCCCGGUCAGAAUAGUUCUCUCCUUUACCAAAAUGGCCAAAUCCUUACUCAACGACACUAAGAACGUUCAUGUUUUUGUUAAAACAAACCCAAGAGUCGCCAACAUUCAGUGCGUGCGGUAAAUGUUCUCCAGUUUCCCAGGAAUCGACAUUGGUUGGCCAACCAUUUUGUUUUCCUGCGGAGCCCGGAAGCGAGUGUCCCUGUGUGACAUUUCGAAGAUCGGAAACUUAUAAACAGGGCUCUCCUUGAGAUGUUCCAGGACUGCGAGGAUUAUGAGGAUGAGCUGUACCAGGAUGAAGCGGACUCAAGUCUGUCGGACGCUGACAGCGAGCUGCAGUUCCGACUUUAUUCCCAGCUGCAUUACAGCACUGGCAACCAGGAUGCCUAUGAGGAUGUUAGAGAGGAAGAGUCAUCAGUACCACAGGCUCAGCCUCAGCAGAAAUCCUUGCCGCCUCCUGCUGCACCUGUAGAUAUCAUUGUGAUAGACUCUGGUCCAGAUGCUAUCACAGUAUCAGAUAACACAGAGGAAGAUGACAGCGUAUGCGCAAUAAAAGGUCAAACAUCAAAAGCGCACAGGAGGGAGACGCCUCAUAACACCCAUUCGCUCGUUCCAUCACGCAGUCAAACAAGAAGCGUCUAUCUGGGUGAUAUUGUGGUAUUGGAUUCAGAGUCAGAAGAGAACUCUGAUUCAGACUCCGUACCCCCUUAUGUAGAGGAUCUGGGUUCAGAUUCCGACUCUGAUGGAUUGGAGAACUGGAUGAUUCUGGGCCCGCAGAAUCAUGAAGGAGAUCAGAACAUUCAGCUGAACUGUUCCUUGCCGGGAGAUCAGAACAUCCAGCUGAACUGUUCCUUGCUGGAUAACUGUGAGAAACAAGAACAUGUAAAUGAUGGAGCGAAAAAGACCAGUUGGGUUGUUUCAAAAAAGGAUAAAGAGGCUCAGAUCUAUAAUAAAGGGGUUGGCCGGGGCACGACACCGAGGCGUCUGUCAAACCGUUACUACACUAACAAAUCUGUCACGUGUCACAACUGCAGCAAGAUCGGCCACCUCUCCAAAAACUGCCCCACACCAAAGAAGUUGCCGUGCUGCUCAUUAUGUGGGCAACGUGGACACUUAGCGCGGACCUGUCCGGGCCGUCACUGUUCAAACUGCUGGCUGCCUGGCCACACCUUCAACGACUGUUUGGAAAGAGCUUACUGGCAUAAACGCUGCCAUCGCUGUGGAAUGUCUGGCCACUUCAUUGAUGCCUGUCCAGAAAUCUGGAGACAGUACCACCAAACGAUCACACCAGGACCCAUCCUUGAAUCCCAAAAUCCAGAUGCCUGCAAAACACCUGCCUACUGUUAUAACUGCUCUAAGAAAGGACACUUUGGUUUCGAAUGCUCCGAGAAGAGAAUGUAUAACGGGACGUAUCCAACUUUGCCCUUUGUUUCUUGCUACGACCAGACAAGAGACAUCAGGUGCCGAGAGCACCGACUAAAAAAGAAGGCCAAAGAACUGCAGGAUGCUGGGUUGAUUGAUUUGCCAGAUGAUGGUGCUGGUUCCUCCACUCCUCAGCCACCCACAAAGAAACAGAAAACCAACUACCACAAGUCCCUGUUCCGUACCCCCAGGCAAACAAACAACCCACAAACACCGAAGAGACGCAUCGCGCACACACCCAAACAUCAUCCGCAACUGCACAGCUCACCCUUGAAUAUCAAUCAGGCCCCACAAACACCAAGGACAUUGGGCAAAAACACCCCUCACAGCGCAUUCACACCCCAAGAACACAGCCAGAAAAAAACCAGGAGGAAGAGAAAGCGAAAAAAGUCAGCUGUUAUAGAGGAAGAUGCCGACUUUCCUAGAGGGUGCAGCAAUGGUCCUCACACUAAUAGGGAUGUCAUAUCACCCUGGACAGCCAAUAAGCCAAGUAUGCUCUUCGGAAAGAAAAAUAACAAGAAAACGGAGAUCCAGACGAAAAAGAAGGAAAGGAUAUGGAGAAAGAGGCAGAAAAAUGCAGCAAGAGACGAUGCCACAUAUGCUCCCGACAAUCUUUUUACCAUCAAACAAAGGCGAAGCAGAUAGAAAGGAGUUUAAUUGUUCAUGUGUGAGCCGUGUGCAUGGCACAUGCACGUGUGGUCCUGAGUCAGUGAGAAGGUAAAUUCUUCAGAUUUGUGUCACCCCCUACUGGCUAUUUUAGAUCUGUUUUGAACAGUCUUCCUCCAUGCACAUGUUUUAGGGCCGUUUAUUUUUAGUCGCUUCAAGAAUUUAGGAACAUACUGAAGCACAUCAGAACUUUUCCCAGAUGUCAAAGUGCUGCUUUAAUAUUCCAAAAUAGACCACCUUUGAUUUAGUUUUUUUAAUUGGCUUAACACACACACACACAUAGUAAACAAAUUAAGCAAAUCAGUGCAUGUUUAUAUUCUAAAUUCACUCUAAAGAGUUUGGUGCUGAGAUUCUAAGAAAAGUUCAUUAAUGUUUAGUAAUGCAUAAUAUUUUGCAUAUACCAAGCUUACAAAACAGUGGUUGAUUUUGAAAGUGUUUAAAUGAUUGUUUAACACACAUCUGGGAUUUUAGUAGCAGAGAAAGUUUUGCUUGUACAGGAGUUUGACGAGUUUUCCACUUUUUGUGUACAUGCUGAUUUCUGUCACGUCCCUAUUAAAGCUGGUUUGUUUUCAUAUGCUGUUUGUGCUUCUCUUUUACAUAAAAUGUCUUGUAUUUCCCAUUGUUUGUAUUUAUUAAGAAUUGUUUUGAUAACAUCAUUAAUUACUUUUCUGCUCCAUGGAUGUCUGGUGUGAUGGGAAAUGCAUUGUGAAGAUGUAAAUAAGCAACCAAUAAAAUAAAAUAAAUCUGUUAAAACUAA